GCCGAAGGUAGCAAGAGCUGAUAUAGAAACGUCAUUUGUUGCGUAUUUUUCAACAGUACGGUACUGCAAACUUUAUUUCCAGAAUUUCCUAAUUUUAAAAUAUUCACAACUCUUUGUGGAAUAGAUGACUCUCAAAAUGUGCUGAUAUUGUUUGCGUAAAGGUGAUUGCUUUGCGCUAAACCUAUAUAUUGCUGCUAGAAAGAUUCUUUCAGUGUGUGCGAGUUGAGGAGCAAAGCCAAAAAUUACAUAAAGAAAAAGAAAUUUAAUAUCAUUUGCGAACGUUUUUGGAACAAAAGGAUCAUCAGCUGAGCAACUUUGGUCGAGUAACAGAAUAUCAUUUUCAUUCGAUUAAACCAACCAGGGAUAGUUCCAGAACUAGUCGACAGUAGCUGCUAGGAAAAACAAAAUGUCAACUCCAGCUCGCAGACGUCUAAUGAGAGAUUUCAAAAGACUCCAGGAAGAUCCACCGACCGGCGUUUCCGGAGCCCCUACAGAUAACAACAUUAUGAUAUGGAAUGCUGUGAUUUUCGGCCCUCACGAUACACCUUUUGAAGAUGGUACCUUUAAGCUGACGAUAGAGUUCACUGAAGAGUAUCCAAACAAGCCACCAACAGUUCGCUUCGUGUCGAAAAUGUUCCACCCGAACGUAUAUGCCGAUGGAGGUAUUUGUUUGGAUAUUUUACAAAACAGAUGGAGUCCUACGUACGAUGUGUCAGCAAUUCUGACCUCGAUACAGUCAUUACUUAGCGAUCCUAAUCCAAAUUCACCUGCGAAUUCGAUGGCAGCACAACUUUACAAGGAGAAUCGUCGAGAGUAUGAAAAGCGAGUGAAAGCCUGUGUCGAGCAAAGUUUCAUCGACUAGCCCUAUUUUCUCAAGAUCUGUUCCGUUUAUCGGUGUAGUUUUCCUCUUGAAACAAAUUCGCGUUACCUAUUCCAUCUUGUUUUCUUCUCAAAUCACAUUUCAGUACACCCUGUCUUCAGUUAAAAUUUCUGACUAUUAAAUGCGCUAUAAAAAUCUGUGAAUGUACGUGCUGUACUAUACACAAUUACUUGCGUACAGAAGCUAUUGAGUAGCUGGUAGUGAUAAACACAUUGUAACUGUCAGAAUUCGUAAAGCUAGCCACAAAAGAUAAAUAACCACAAGUACUAACAAAGAAUUAUUCACAUCAUACACUUAAAAGGAACAUUCUGCUGCAAACAAUGUGUUUCUUGGAUGAUUCUGUUUCGGAAAAAAUGAAACAAACAUGAUUCACAAGAACAAGUCAAAUGUUGAUAUGGACAACAAAACAGACUAAAAUGGAUUUAAAUAUUGAUCAAAUGAAUAAAUAAAAGUUCUUAACUUCGUAACUUGGGAUAUAUA